AAUUUUUUAUAUAUAUUUUUUUCUCAGAAGAUAAUACUUUUUAGGGUUUUUUUAACCCAAAAAAAACAAAAACAAAAACGAUGUCACAGAAAUCGAAAAAUCUAGAAGGACCGUCAAACUGGAACAAAGUUUCAGUACUAUAUUUCCUUCCUUACUCUUUUGUUCUGUGGUAGUGGUAGUGUCAGUGUUAUCCACUUCGGCCAAAACAUGUUGGCUUCCACUGUUCUAACACCUUCCAAGUUCAACCCUUCGCAAUUCGUCCCACCAAUCAGCGUCCCAGAAAUUCAACGAAGAAGCAGAUUGGUAAUCUUUUCCAAAUCAAAUUCCAAACAUGCUGUGCUUGCCAGGGUCAGUAGUAGUAAUGGACGUGACGGUGCCGUUGAUGCUACCUCACCUCCUGACAUUGAGGCAGUAAGUAGUGCAUCUUCUGAUCUUGGUGAUGGUUAUGUGGCCUUGUUUGUUCGUAUGUUAGGCCUAGAUCAUGAUCCUUUAGAUAGAGAACAAGCUAUAACUACUCUCUGGAAAUAUUCACUUGGUGGAAAGAAGUGUAUUGACACUAUAAUGCGGUUUCCUGGUUGUAUUAAUCUUAUUGUGAACCUCCUUAGAUCAGAGUCUAGUUCAGCGUGCGAGGCUGCUGCAGGUCUUCUACGAUCACUAUCUUCAGUCAAUCUGUAUAGGAAUUCGGUAGCUAAUAGUGGAGCAAUAGAAGAGUUAAAUAGAUUGCUGAGGCAAUCUUCCUUGGCUCCCGAGCUAAAGGAGCAGAGUAUGAGUACACUCUGGAGUUUAUCUGUUGAUGAGAAGAUCUGCAUUAAAAUUGCAAAUAGUGAUAUUUUGUUGUUAACUAUUAAGUACCUUGAUGAUGAGGAUAUAAAAGUGAAGGAAGCUGCAGGUGGCAUUUUGGCAAAUUUGGCAUUGAACCGUGUUAACCACAACAUCAUGGUUGAAGCAGGUGUUAUACCAAAAUUGGCAAAGUUCUUAACGUCUAAUUCGGAAGGAUCUAAAGUUAUUAGAAAGGAAGCAAGAAAUGCAUUGCUUGAACUUGUUAAGGAUAAGUAUUGUAGAAUUCUUGUCAUUGAGGAAGGUCUGGUUCCUGUGCCAUUAAUAGGUGCUGCAGCCUAUAAGUCAUUCACCCCAGGUUUACAUCUGUGGCCCAAAUUACCAGAUGGUACAGAAAUUGAAAGGACUUCUACACAACCUUCCAGAUUUGGUGCAUCAGAAUUACUUCUGGGAUUAAAUAUCGAUGACAAGAAUGCUAACAUAGAGGAAGCAAAAAUCAAUGCAAUUGUUGGGCGGACACAACAGCAGUUCCUUGCUCGUAUUGGGGCUAUAGAAACGGAGGAGAAAACAAUACCUCAUUCUGAAAGCUCAAAUGAUCAGCGGCUUACACUUUUACCUUUGGUGGAUGGUGUUGCUCGUUUAGUACUGAUACUAGAACUAGAAGAUAAGUCUGCGAUAUUAAGGGCUGCAGAGUCAAUUGCUAAUGCAUGUAUCAAUGAACAAAUGCGUAUUGCAUUCAAGGAGGCUGGAGCAAUUAAGCAUUUAGUACGGCUUUUGAAUUGUGAUGAUAAUGCGGUCCAGUUGGUGGUUAUACAAGCUUUGGAAAGGCUCUCUGCUAGCAAUGUUGUUUGCCGGGUAAUUGAAGCUGAGGGUGUUUUAGGUCCUUUGGUUGGUAUUUUGAAAUGCUCAAAGAUACCUGGAACUAUUGUGGAAACGUCUUUGAACAUACUUGCUCGGAUAUUAGACCCUAGUAAAGAGAUGCAAUUGAAGUUUUAUGAUGGACCAGUUAAUGGACCUGAGGAGACGUUUGAUGGAGCUAAAAAUGAUGGUGUUUCAAAAACAAACACCAGGAAUGAUAUAAUGGAUUCUGUUUUCAUAGCACACCUUGUUGAGAUUUUGAAGUCCUCUUCACCCAGUUUACAAGAAAAGGCUGCAUCUGUGCUCGAAUUCGUGGCAUUGACUGACCUGACUCUGGCCCCAAUUAUAUCUGUGGAUAUUGAAUCUGGUCUCAAUUCUGUUUUUCAGCAAAAAAUUUUGAAAAUUUCAGCGGACAUGGAAUCUGAUGUAGAAGAUCAGUUCUCAGAAGCAUAUGCAAUCGAAUUCGAAGAAGCUGGUCGUGCAAUAUCUGCAGCAUCCCGGUUAAUGACAAGACUACUCGACUGUGAGCAGUUUUGCCACAAAAUAAACUCCUCCCAUUUCAUUGGGUUGCUUCGUGAAAUCCUCAGGUCCAAUAUUCCUCUCCACAACAAAGAUUGGGUAGCUGCUUGCCUAGUUAAACUAAGUUCUCUCUAUGGUAACAACAUGGGUUUUAAUCCAAUCAAUGUGGAAGUUACACUUUAUGAGACAAUCCCAAGACUAGUAGAACAGAUCAAAACUUCAUUCUCUCCAGAAGCACAGGAAACUGCUGUUGUAGAACUUAAUAGAAUAAUAUCUGAAGGAGUGGUGGAUUCCUCAGGAGCUAUUAUUUCUGGGGGUGCAAUAUAUCCAUUGGUGAAGCUGAUUGAAGAAGGAAGUGAAAAGGGUGUUGAAGCAAGCUUGGCAAUAUUGUAUAAUCUGAGUAUGGACAGUGAGAACCAUUCAGCACUUGUGGCUGCUGGAGCAGUCCCUGCCUUGCGGAGAAUUGUUCUAUCACACAGACCACAGUGGGAACGGGCACUUCAUUUACUCAGGAGUUUGCAAACAUGAUGAGUUCAAAGCUACAAAUCUUGAAAGAGUUUUCUUAUAUUGUAUCAUCUACUUCAACUGUGUAAAAUAAAAUCUUUACACUUUUUUGUAUGUAAAUCGUAUUUUGGACCAGAUAAAUGGUCCCAACUUACUAUUAGAUAGGCAUUAUGCAUUUUCAUUCCACCACUCUCUCUUUUAACUUCCUUCUUCUACAAAUAACUAUCGACUAAGUAAUUAUCACAUCACUAGUCACUUGCGAUGUGAAGCCACAACCUCCUUAAUUGCUAUUGUAUUUCAU